AAAAAAAAAAAACCCUAAAAAAGAGUAAAGAGAGGUGAGAGUUGGAGACAGAGUGAAUGAUGGAAUAAGUGGUGGUAGCGGUUAUAAAUAGCAGCCAAAGAGAAGAAAGGCUCGGCAAAAAAGAAAAAUAUUAAAUAAAACCGCCACAAAUUUCUCCAUAGUUAUGGGCACUUCCAUUCUCGACGCCCUGAACGUUCGCGUGGAAGGUUCCGGCGACAAGUACCUUGUCCUGGCCCACGGCUUCGGCACGGACCAAUCCGCGUGGCAGCGCGUGCUCCCUUACUUCACCCGCAACUACAGCGUCAUUCUCUACGACCUCGUCUGCGCCGGCAGCGUCAACCCCGACCACUUCGACUACCGCCGUUAUACCACCCUCGACGCCUACGUCGACGACCUCCUCAACAUCCUCGACGCCCUCCGCGUCCCCCGCUGCGCCUACGUCGGCCACUCCAUCUCCGCCAUGAUCGGCAUGCUCGCCUCCAUCCGCCGCCCGGACCUCUUCUCCAAACUCAUCCUCAUCGGCGCCUCCCCUAGGUACAACAAAUUCCUGAACGACAAGGACUACCACGGGGGAUUUGAGCAGGGAGAAAUCGAGCAGGUGUUUUCGGCAAUGGAGGCGAACUACGAGGCGUGGGUCAACGGAUUCGCUCCGCUGGCGGUCGGGGCGGAUGUACCGGCGGCGGUGAGGGAAUUUUCCCGGACGCUGUUCAACAUGCGCCCUGACAUCUCGCUCUUCGUGUCGCGGACGGUGUUCAACAGCGACCUGAGGGGGAUUCUGGGCCUGGUGAACGUCCCCUGCUGUAUUAUGCAGACGGCACGUGACAUGUCCGUGCCGGCCAGCGUGGCUACCUACAUGAGGGACCACAUCGCCGGAAAGAGCACCAUCCAGUGGCUCGACACGGAGGGGCACCUCCCCCACCUUAGUGCUCCUUCAUACCUAGCUCGCCAGCUAGAGAUUGCGCUCUCGCAGUAGCGCGUGUAAGUCUAGGCGCGUGGCUCUGGUGGUUAAUUAAGUAAUUAACUCUACUAGUACUAUUACUACCAGAUUAGGCUAGAAGCUACUGCUACAGAACAACAACAACAACAACAACAAGUGUACGAAAGGCUCCGAAACUGGACACCUGGCGAAUAACGUGUGGGUGUUGGUUCUUUGACUGGGAUUUUUAUUUAAGGAUAAGAAUCUGCACGUGGAUUUCACGUGAUGCGUGGCCAUUUUUAGUAUUAUUAAUCAACUAUUAUUGCUCUUGUGCUUCUCUCCUUUUAAAGGAAAGAAAAAAAAAAGAGAAGAAAUUAGAGAGACUUGUUUGUUAGUGUGAUUGUUUGUUUUUAUUAAUAUUAUUAUUAUUAUUAUCAUAGGUUUUGUUGUUGCUUGCUUGUGUUUCUCCUUUCUGGUUUGGUUUGUUGCUUACUUGCACUGAUGAGGCCAGACAACUGAAAAGAAAAUGAAAUGAUUUUCAAU